AUGACUGGAAUCGAAAGCAGCACCAGGCUUUUGAACAUGUCCUACCAGUACGGAGGCACAUCGAUGCGAAUGCCACCGCAUGUGUCGAUGCAGGCUGAUCGUCUUCCGCAACGACCACCACGAAAAUCCUGGUCUAGGUUAAAAGCAAUCGUGGCACCUGCAAAAAGUCCGCCCAACCACGCCUUACUCACCGGCUGGGACCUGGGACUGGCCGUCGUCGCUCUGAAUUUCGUCAACGGAGUCGCCUUCGUCGACAUCCUGGGUAUCGGCGUGAUCCAGUCAGCCGUCUCAGAUCACUACAACGGCCAUGACGCCGUGGACUGGAACACCACAAGCGCCCUGAUCGGUGCCGCCGUCGGACAGUGUAUACUUGGCUACAUGAGCGAUGUCUUCACCCGACGAAAGAUGCUCCUCUUCGCGGUCGCCUUACUCUUUCUCGGCGCUCUGGGAUGCGCUUCCAGUGCAUCGACGUCGCAUGCCGAGCUCUUAGUCCUCUGCCGAGCAAUAUGUGGUGUUGCAGUUGGCAGUAUAUCCAACCUGGUCAACAUUUCCCAGAACGACAUCUGCACAGAGGAGCAGAGACUCAACUUGCAAGGUGUACAAGGCACAUCUGUCGCCCUCGGCAGCAUCAUUGGAUCUCUAGCCGCUGCGCUCCUGCCACACUGGCGGCAGCUCUACUUCCUGGAAGCAGCUCUGGCUUUGGUCGCGAUUUUCGCAAUUUACAAGUUCUUACCUCCCAACAGAGACAUGCCGGCCAGAUCUGAGAUCCGCAAAGAAGUGGGCAGAAUCGACUACCUAGGUAUCCUCACCGGCAUGGGCUGGCUGAUUCCAGGUCUUAUCCUUCUGUCCAAAUGGCGAAAGUUCGACACCCCAGUGCUCGUCGCACUUUCUGUCGUCGCCACCCUGAGCGCUGUGCUCUUUGGAAUGCUCGGGUCGCGGACAGAACUGGCAGACGACCAGCCAAAGCCACCAGGCCUUCUCCGAAAACUGACAUGCCGCCGCAGCCGCGCUAUUGCGCCUUUCCGCCUCUUCAAGAACAGAACCGUGGCCGCCAUCUACGCGCAGAACGUCCUCUUCGGCGCGGCGUUCUAUUCGUUCGUCUACUUCGUCCCGGUCCAGGCACAAGUCGUUCGACAGGAGCCGGCGCUGACUGGGGUAUACAAGUUGAUCCCGUACUUCGUCACACACGCUGUGUGGUCGACUGUGUCCGCGAGAGUCAUCAAGGUCUUCCAGUCGAAGGGCUGGGUGAGUUAUUCGGUCGUCAUGGGCUUCGGAUUCUGCUGCUGGACUAUCGCCAUGGCGUUGCUGGGCUGGGACUGCACGCAGCCAGACUUUAGUCAUUUCUAUGGCUUUGCUGUUUUGGUAGGAUUCGGCACCGGAUCAGUCUUCCAGAACUCGGUCCUAGCCAUCACGAAGCAAGUGAUGAGUGAUGAUAAAGCCGUGGCGCUCGGCACGAGGAACGUCCUCCGCUUUGUGGGAGGCGCUAUCGGGACAGGAUUGUCGAGCAUGACUAUGCGCACGGUUGUGAGACAUGAAUUGCCAGAUCGACUUGAUCAUGUCGCGGACUCGGCGGUGGCGGAUCACUCCUACAUCAAGAACUUGCCGGAAGUGGAUCGGGCUCUGGUUAGAGCGGCGAAUGCAAGGGGGAUUGCAAUCGUGUGGUACACUUUUGCUGGUGUGCUAGGACUCUGUGCGAUACUGUGUGUGUUGAUCAAGGAUCGUGUGGCGAAGAAGGAAGAGGAUGAGGAGAAGAUCUUGAGGCCGGGGUCGAGUGAUUCGCCUAUACAGCCAGCGCCGUUGGAUGAUGAGAAGUCGAGGCCGGGGUCGGGUAAUGCGUCCAUGCUAUCGACGCCUCUGCCUGCGUACUUGGGUCGGAAUGGCAGCGAAGAUUCUGUCCAGAGGGCGCAUCCUGCGGCACCUUCGGUGCACAGCACGCCGUUGGGGUGGUUGUAA